AUGUCCAAUGAAUUAACCAGACGACACGUUAAUGAUCGUAACAAUUCAGCUGUAGAGGCUUCUUCCAAUUUCCUCUACAAGUUCAAACAACGCCAACAAUCUGAAGUCAAUGCCUCCCGAACUGUUCGAUCGUCAUCCCUUGACAAGGGUUCUGAGAGCCUCUUCAAGACCGUCUUGAUGGCUUUUCAAAGGGCAGAAACGUUCCCUUUCUCUGAAGCAGAGCUACAGGACAAAUGCCUCCUUCUUUGCAUCGAUGAUAUGGGGAAGAAAUACCUCAUUCGUUUACUAAAAAACAUAUUCCUUUAUCCCGAGGAUACUCCCGCUAUUUCCCACCUUUCUGAUAAGCCCAUCUACCAGCCUACCGAACUUCGAAGUGAUGAGGAGAUUCUUCGGUCAAGACGUCAAAGGAAGGAGAAGCUUAUGCAUCGAUCCAUAAUCCUCAUUGAACGCACUCUUCGGCGCAACACUCCAGGUCAGAUUCUCAAUGCACUGGGAAAGCUUCAUCUCUAUGCAGAUGUAGAAAGGGCAGCAGAACAUCAAGAUGCUGAGGAGUUGAAUGAAAUUCGUCGCCUCGCUAGACCACAUGUUCUACAAAGAGGCAUUACUUCCUUCGUGUGCAUUUUCUGUCGCCUUGAAUGCCCCUCUAUUACUACUCUGCAAGCGCAUCUCAUUUCACAGAAGCACCAUUUCCUUAACCUACCCGCAUUGUGGUUAAAAGCUAUCGAAAAGGCUCGACAAUAUGAAAUCAAAGGAGCAAUGACUACACGUACCCUGAAAUCAGUCCACCCUAACGAUGCACAGACUGCGAAUAUCUUGACUGCAGGUGGGCAGACGCAGAAAAAGGCUGACGAAGAUCAAAAACGAAAGGAGCGGAAAGAAGAUGACAUGUUGACUCUGGAAGACGAAUCCCGGGGAAGCUAUGAUGAGGCGGAGGAUGUUGGAGAUAUGACAACUCUGAAACCAACUAUUGCUCAUUUCACGACCUGCCUUUUCUGUGGAAAAAAUGUUGAUUCAGUGGAAAUUUAUGAAGGUCAUUCAUGCACCAAUCAGGUGGGUCGGUUGAUCGGGUUAAGAGAGAGGGAAUCGCAAGUUGUGAGAUAUUGCAAUUUUGCCCAUUUAGUAGGUUUGAUUCUUGCAGUGCAUGCGGUUUGGGAGCUUCCAUUCAUGUGUCGUGCAAGGUUGAAGAAUGUAGCUUAA